UCGGCUCCCAUGGGACUGAGGCACUCGUCGCGGUGUUUGCUGCUGCGGCGGAAGAUGGCGGAGGCGGACAGCUCGGAGGAGCCUGUGACGGCCCCCCUCUCUCAGUCGGCUCAGCCCUUCCCGCUGCCUAAACCAGUGCCUACCACCCACCACAUGCCCUGCGUCCCCCACGCGCCUCAUGUAGCAGCCUUGUCCACCUGUCCCGGUAGGGGCAAGAUCGCCAAGUUCAUCAGCCCGGAGGAGAUGACAUCACGGGACUACUACUUUGACUCUUACGCCCACUUUGGCAUCCAUGAGGAGAUGCUGAAAGACGAGGUGCGGACGCUGACCUACCGGAACGCCAUGUACCACAACAAGCACGCCUUCAAGGACAAAAUCGUCCUGGACGUGGGGAGUGGAACGGGGAUCCUCUCCAUGUUCGCCGCCAACGCCGGCGCCAAACACGUGUACGGGAUAGAAUGUUCAAGUAUAUCAGAAUACUCGGAGAAGAUUAUCAAGUCGAAUCACCUGCACAACGUCAUCACCAUCUUCAAGGGCAAGGUGGAGGAGGUGGAGCUCCCCGUGGUGAAGGUGGACAUCAUCAUCUCGGAGUGGAUGGGCUACUGCCUCUUCUACGAGUCCAUGCUCAACACCGUCAUAUUUGCCCGGGACAAGUGGCUGAAACCCGGAGGCCUGAUGUUCCCCGACAGGGCCGCUCUCUACGUCGUGGCCAUCGAGGACAGGCAGUACAAGGACUUCAAGAUUCACUGGUGGGAGAACGUGUACGGCUUCGACAUGAGCUGCAUUCGCAACGUGGCCAUCAGAGAGCCUCUGGUGGAUGUGGUAGAUACCAAGCAGCUGGUGACCAACGCCUGCCUCCUGAAGGAAGUGGACAUCUACACCGUGAAGCCAGAGGACCUGUCCUUCACCUCAGCCUUCUGUCUGCAGAUCCAACGCAAUGAUUACGUCCACGCCCUGGUCACCUACUUCAACAUCGAGUUCACCAAGUGUCACAAGAAGACGGGAUUUUCCACCGCUCCAGAUGCUCCCAGCACUCACUGGAAGCAGACGGUGUUUUAUUUGGAGGAUUACUUAACCGUCAAGAAAGGAGAGGAGAUCUUUGGCAGCAUCACCGUCCGGCCCAAUGAGAAGAAUGUGCGGGACCUGGAGUUCACCCUCGAGCUGGACUUUAAAGGACAGCUCUGUGAGGCCGCCCUCUCCCACGACUACAAAAUGCGCUAGGAGCAACACGACGGCAGCAGCGGUGGCGGCGCUCUGGCGUGGACGUUCCCUGCGGCCCCUCUGGGACACAUCUGGAGAGGGGGGGGGGGGCACAGGCUCCCAGCUGGCUAACGAGGGUGACCCUGGACAAAUCUGAUUGGAUGCCACUAUGCCAGCAACUAAGCCAUGUCAUCAGAAUAGGCAAGUCUUCUUAUCAGCAAUAGUUCCAUCACGCGAACCAACCUGAUCGACCCCGGGCACAUCGUUGAAUGUAACCUCUGAAAACAACUUGAUUCUUUUUUCUCGACUUUUAAUGUUUUGGAUUAUAAAAUUAAAAAAAAGCAUUUAAGAGCCUUAAUAUUGUUAGUGCAGCUAAUUGGAAAGUAUUGAUCUGUGUGAUGUUGAAAGGGUAAGAGCACAGUCAUUACCUGUUUUUACCUAAGUUGUUGUCAAGACUGAUGAUUUGUGUGUAAUUGUGUUGAAGGAACAGUGGUUUUAUGUUAUUUAUUCGCAUGUGAUUUUUUUGUUUUGUUGCUUUAUUGACUUCAGGAAGAUGAACUGUUAUUCAUUUAUUUCUUUUCAUCGAGGAAAAUGAUUCAGAACAACUGUACUUUGGUGCCAGAAUAAAACAGAACAACGUCUCCGGGCAGGAACCAACACACAGACGUCAUGAACCGCUUUGUGUCGGGAAGAACGUGAACAAAGAACCUGAUGAAUAAAAAUGACAAAGAA